CAUCACGUGCGCGAUACAAAACUCGAUCCCUCGAUCAGUUUUUCCCCUGUUACGUGCCGCGUGUGUGGUGCUUGUCUUGUAUAAUCGAGAAUUACACGCAGAAACGUUGGUCGCGAGUGAAGAUAAUCGAUUCGGAAUCGCCAAGAAUUCGAGUUGCGCGAACUGCUGAAACGCGCAAUGUUCACGGAAAUUGGGUGUAUUCGAGAAAGACUAUAAAGCGUAAUACCUCUUCGACCGUUACUUGAAACGACCUUGCCGACUUUCAUCGUAAGAGCUUUUGCUUUUCGAGGAUAGCGUUUUUGUAUUCGAGUAACGGUGGUAAAUUCCUCGAAUCGCGUUACGGUCGGUAAGCUACGUCACGCGAAACGUCCUACCCAUAUUCGCGCAAUAUUUACACGCGUAUCGCGUAUCGAACCGAGAACUCGGCUGGUAUCUAUCUAUCAGCGUCUCGAGCCUUGUUGCGCGGCCGCGUCGAGAGCGGAGCUCUCGUUGACUUUUGUCAUUGGAUUUCUCUCGAGGACUCUCUGCGCUCCCCCCAUUGCUCGCAGUGCACUGCGUAAGUACGCUCGGCAAACAAUCGACACAUACGAAGCGGCGCAGGCCUCGCGCGUUUGCUUCGUCGCGGUCGCGGUCGCGGUCGCGAUCGUCAGUGUUCGCGCUCGCUGCGUUGAUUCCACUUAGCAUCGAACGCGUUCGUCUCUUUUCAUUACCGACGCGGAUUAACUUACUUGGAACUUGGGACAAACGAGUGAAAAAUUCAUGAAAUUCGUCCGAGGAAUAGUUGAAUUACGCGAUUCGCGAGUGGUGUAACGUAUGCAACGCAAUUUACCGCGAGUUCUUCGCGAGUGAUGCGCUUCGUCUGGUUUUCUAAUUCUAACAUCCGACAGCGAUAAAUCAGUCAACUCGUCUCGUUACCUCUGCCAACGUUCGGAGCCAAUUCGUCGAGCGUGACUCAAUUUCUCGACAACCGGGCUACCAUGCUCGUCGAACGACACGUUUACCGGGAAAAUUUGAUUCGAAUCGUUGAUGGUAUGUUUAUUCGAACGAACCGUUGUUCGAAACGCUUUCGAUUCCAUCAACGCGAAACAUGAUUUCGUUGUUUAAUCGAAAUUGCAAUUUUUAUCUAAUCAAGAGCCGAUAAAACGUUGCCCAUCUUCCAUCGGCUAUCGUAAAUUUGUAUCCAGAUAAGAAGUUUACCCAUUUCCGGAGUGAAACGAACGAGGUUCGUAGCGUCGUCGGCGUCGCGUCGGUUCAUUCAGAAACUGGAACGCGACUGGAGCAACUCGAAUGCGAUAAGCCGGCAAGAACGAAUGUGUCCCGUUCGCUGUCGUUGCCCAUUCGAAACUAAGUGCACCGUCGCGUCGUUUGUCGUGGAUCGUCCUUAAUCACGUACACGAGAACAGUUGAACGAUAAAACGCAUUUCGUUUUAUUUUUUACCGUGAAAAAGUUGCGUCGACGCGCCUAAGAUUGCGUUCCCGUGCAUUCCUAGUAUCCUUUGCAGCGUUAUUUAUUUCGUUCGGAGAAACGUAUAGCCGUACAUACACAUACAUACAUACAUAAUAUCACGCGUCGUUUUCAUUGAUAACGAAGGUUCCUCUAAAACACCUCGUUCGGUUCACGUUUGACUGUGUAAUAGAAGAAAUCGGAAGGAAGGAAGAAAGGAACGUCGAGCCGGAAGAAUAGAGAAGGUUCUCGAGGGUGCCGGUGAUCAAAGGGAGAAACGCGAUACAAUGAACGUUUUGUGUCCUAUUUAGAAUUGCACGGACGGUGCAUAUUGGUUCAAAGUCAAAGCCACGGAAAGCAACGCAUCUUUUGGAGAGAGCUCGCACGUAAGAGAGCAGCCAGCACGUUGGCCGUCGAGGCUUCUCUUUGAUCUGGGAAAUUGAGGAACCGUGACUCGUUGCCUCUACACUUAGUAGCGGCUUAUCUGUCGGUUCUGGCUCGAUGGUGAAGCAACAAGGCCGCUGGAAAGCCCUGGCGCCUUUUUCCACGUGGCCGUUGUAUCCCGCGCGAAUAAGUUCCCCAGCGGUGCGUUAGCAUCGAUCUAUCGUAGAAUCGACUCUCUCGGUGGAUCGUUGCGGGAACGCGGAAACGCGUCAACGCGUCGAGGAGAAUUCAUCGACGAGAGCCCGCCCGCUUUCGGCCGGAGGCCGUGGACGCUUAUCGGUGUAAUAGUCGCCGAGAGGAGACGGGAUAGAAGAAAGAUCGAGGAAGAGAAAAGUUUGUGCGCGGCGGAGAAUCGUGGGUGGAAGGCGAGCUCUCUUCCAGCAGAUAAGACACCCGCGACGAGCAACAAUUACCGGCAGUAAAUUAUAUUACGGCCGUCUAGGAAAAAUUACUGACAAAAUAAUUACCGUGCACACUGGCCGAAAGACGAUUAAUCGUUCGUUCGUAAAUUCACGAUCGAGGUCCGUGAAUCGUGAAUUUUCGAAAGGCGGCACGAGAGAUCACGAGGUGCGUGGAAGUGCAGUGUUCUCGCGAUCGUGGGCGGUGUUCGAUGAUCGUAACGUUGUCGUCGGUUUUGGCGUCGAUCGACGCUGCACGAUAUUUGUCUGGAUGCCAGUUCUAGAGGGCGGAGUAGCUAAGAAGCGAGGUGUCGAUAGGGCUGCUCGCAAGAUGCGGAUGAGACUUUGCACCGGCUCCAAGGAGUCCUACACGCUUCUUUCCAAGAAACGGAGGCAACAACUCGAACAGUCCGUGUACUGUGAGCCGGAAUCUCGGCGUAACGCUGUCGAAGAUGAAAGGCAAGAAGACGUUCAAGGUGCCAACUCGGAAAAAAUUAAAAGCACCACGCAAGAUUUAUUCGAAUUACUCGAGAGGGUGCAGAGUUCGCGCCUCGAUGAUCAACGAUGCGUCUUACCGCCGUACUUCUCCCAGACCCCGAGGGAGGACAGGGCAGCCUCGAGUCCUGGUAAUCAGAAUAAUCACACACCCUCGCCUUCUCCGUCGCCGGUCGGAGAUGCACCGGUUGGCAGGGCUCUUAUGGAGGCUGCGCUUCAGCAAGCCACUUCCGGAUCUCAGCCACCUUUGGUGGUGAUACCACCUGGAUAUUGGAUCGAUGGUACCGAUCAUCGGCAUCCCCUGGACUCGACUGGUAGGGCGUUACUUCCGGCACAGCCUGCCUGGCAACCCAGAAUAGACCAAGACGACACCGCCAAAUGUUACAGGCGAUUCUUCGUUGGCAGGGAGCACGUGAACCUGGUGGGAAGGGACGGAGAGAACGGGCCGGUCCUCGUCUCGGUGAAGGCCGAGACAGUCGCUGGACAGGAGCACUGGAGAGUCUUGUUGCGAUUGCGAGCUGGCUCGACCCACGAAUUGGUACCAGCCACGAACCUCGGUCCGAAUCCGUCGCCGGCGAAAAUGGUCAAGGCAAUCAACGAGACGUUGAACGUGAGCACGCUGAUGCCCGUGGUCUGUUCUGGUGCUGGUACACUGAUAGCACGGUACGACGAACACGCGUUGGUGUCGAGGUUUAAAUUCGGCGUUCUUCAUCAACGUGCCGGGCAAAUCACCGAGGAGCAACUUUUUGGAAACAGGCAAAUUACGCCAGCUUUCCAAGAAUUUCUCGACUUGCUAGGCCAAAGGAUCGAUUUGAAGGAUCACAAAGGAUAUCGCGGAGGUUUGGAUACUCGACACGGCCAGACCGGAGAUUCUGCGGUAUACGAGGUAUUUCGAGGGCGAGAAGUGCUCUUCCAUGUCGCCUCCCUUCUUCCAUACAGUUCAGGGGACUCUCAGCAAUUGCAGCGUAAAAGACACAUCGGCAAUGACAUCGUCGCGAUAAUAUUCCAAGAGGAGCCAACUCCUUUCAGCCCAGAUAUGAUCGCCAGCCACUUCUUACAUGCAUUCAUCGUGGUGCAGGUCGUUGACCCCUGCACUUCUAAUACCAGGUACAAAGUAAGCAUCACGGCUCGAAACGAUGUUCCUUGGUUUGGUCCAGCAUUGCCAGCACCAGCUGUAUUUAUGCGAGGAGUCGAAUUCAAGGAAUUCCUUCUGACGAAAUUAGUGAAUGCUGAAAACGCAGCGUACAAAGCUGACAAGUUCUCGAAACUCGAGCUAAGAACGAGAUCGGCACUGUUGGAGUCGUUGACGGAAGACUUGCAAGGAAAAACCGCGGAAUUUCUUGGCGGAGCUAUCGGUUUGGGUGGUGCCGGUUUAGGAUUUGGUGGAAAUUGCCCGGUAAGUCCGACGGCGAGCGACGCAUCGGGAUCUGGUAGCGGAGGAAGCGGGUCUAGAUUCAUCGAUACCGUUCGGAAGGCACUGAUUUCGCGGGUCAGAAACGCGUCUACAGAGAGCGUACCUCAGCAGUUAUCGAAAAAGGGUCAAUCGGAGCCUAGUCCACCGAGCAAUCGACAAUCGACUACUAAGAUUAGCGGGAAACGUUCGAUAGAACCGUCGAGUCCUUUAGGCUCCCCUGAUCUGACCCUUCGAAGAGAUUCGGAACACGGGAGCCCUAGUUUAGGGAGCCAGGACAGUAGUUUGUCCAACACGGACAAUCAGGAUAGCAGUUUAGCCACCCUACAGCAAGACGAGGUCGAUCGUAGAGAAUCCACCGCGUCGGUUUGUACCAGCAACGAUACAACCGUUAUGGACAAAACUUCCGCACCUUCCGUCCAAAGGCUGACUCACGAAAACUUGAGGAAACAAGAAAGAUCGGAGAAGACGGAGACUACGCAGCGUAUUAUUUCGGAAAGUGACGACAGUUCGUUGAAUAGCGAACUUGAGCUCGACCAGGCCGUCUAUCCUGACAGCGACACAGGCCUCGAAUCGAUGAGUUCUGCGGAAACUCACGACACGGCAAGGUGCGCCACCAAGGAUGGCGUUUUAGAAAACGAAAACCUCAAGAUGGAAGUUACAAGGCUUAAAUGCGACAAGUUAGAUCUACUGAGGCAGAAUGUGACUUGCCAACGUGAUAUAAAACGUCUACGAGAGAAGGAGCUACAAUUGCAAUCCGACCUUGCAGCCGCUUCAAAGGAAAUUCUUCGAUUGCGAGCAAUGUUGAAAGAAUGUUCAACGAGUAUUCCAUUGGAUAACAACAAUCAACAAACAUCUACCGUUUAAAACUCUCCUCGAGACACGUUUAAUACACCUGCAUCGGUGAGUAACGUUUCCCAUUACGACAAUUAGACUUGAAUAAUUAGUUGGGCGUAAUAGUUGACAACUCUUUACGAGAAUACCGUUACUUUUUCGGAACCGUUUCUUUCGAGGGAAACCUUCCGAAAAUUCAUUGCAGAGAGUUUGAAACUUGCAAUCGAGAUGCUUUACGUUUUUACUUGAACUAUAUUAAACUUUCUUAGGUAGAAAUUGGUACAAACGCUGUAUAUUAAACGUGACGGGCUUAGAAGUGAAAACGAGAUUUAGAAAACAAAAUGAGUCUGCGAUAUACAUAUAAUUAUAGCGACGCGUCAUUUCAGAUAUUUGCAGCGUAGCUAAUUGUUACUUGUGGUAUAAUACUUGUUUGACUUUUAACCAUAUUAUUUAUCUAUUAAUUUAUUAAUAGGUAUAAGUUAACCUCUAAUAGUCAAUAUAAUUACAAAUAAAUGAUCACACAAACACACGCAAACUUGAAUAGAGAUGGAAACAUUAAAGACGUAGGCGCAUCUUGUCAUUAUAAUAUUAGAAAUUUUAGAAUAAAACGUAAAAUGGCCUUUAGACUAAGUGUUUCCGAAACUAAGUGUAAACACACAAAUUAAAUAAUAUAAUACAUUUUAUCUGUAAUAAUUAAAUGUUCAUAAAUUGAGGGCGUACAUAUACAGGUAUGUAUGUAUUACGCACAUACAUACAUGUACUAUGUAGUCCUCGUGUUGUUUCUAAACGGGGUAACUAGCGCGUUGUCCCAUAAAACAGUAUAAAGCGACUGAUUUAAGUAUCGAUGCGCUUAUGGACUAUAGAAAUAUGUAUUUUAUCGAUAUAUUUCUCACGUCUCAUGUUGAAACAAGAAUGUGUAUUGUUAGAAACAGUAUUUAUCACGGUAAAUUUACCGAAACCAUUACUAGUUUUUUUUUUCUCUUGUAUUAGACCGAAACAAUUGUAGAAAGUACGAAUGCUUUCGUUGAUUAA